UUUUAUUUCAUUUGUUAAAUUGUGAAGUGAACGUCUGACAGCUCCGCAUCAGUAUGAGUGGAUUUAAAGUCCUGGUUUUCAUAAUCUGGAUGUUGAGAGGUGCUGCCAGCAACAAAUGGGAAAUUAAGAUGCCCAAGAAAAUAGACGCGAUAAGUGGCUUCUGUGUUCAAAUUCCAUGUCAGUUUGAGAUCCCCGACUCAUUCAAACAGUCCCUAAACAAUCUUGUUGAAGGAAUUUGGAAAAAAAAAAGCAUCGAGGGGCCAAACGUGCUUAGUUCAAAAAUAAAAAUGUCUCUUCUAAAAGGAAAUGUGAUUGGCAACAUCUCGGACAAAAAUUGCACCACUGUGUUCCACAGCUUUCAAGAUGGAUUCAGUGAAACAUUUUUCUUUAGACUUCAGGGUCCUGAACCUCUCAUGUACACAUUUCAGCAAGGAAUAAACAUCACAGUCCAAAAAGAUGUUCCCCCGCCUAUCUUGAGCCCAUAUGUUCAGGUGAUGGAAGUUCUAGAGGGCACCAGGUUGACACUGACCUGCUCCACUGUGAUCUCAUGUCCUUCAAUCCAACCUCAUUUGCAGUGGAACCCACAGCUAGGAGAAAAGCUCACACCAGCCCUACAGGAGGAUGAAUUUGGACAGACACUAUUGGCCUCCUCUCAGAUGUUCAAUGUGACUCCUCUAAAUGACCACCUGAAAAUCUCCUGCUCUGUUUUGUACUAUCAGGUCGCCAAAAGACCAACUGAAACCAGCAUUACCCUUAGAGUGUUGUAUGCUCCCAGAAACACCAUAGCCCUUGGCAGCCCAUCGGAUCCAGUGUCUGAAGGCAGUAUGGUGGUGCUGAGCUGUCAUAGUGAUGCCAACCCUGCAGUUCAGCGCUAUGAGUGGUACAAAGACAGUGGAUCUGGAAAGCUAGAGUUACAGAAUCAAGGACAGACUCUAACAUUGAUAGCCAGAAGUACCGUUCAGGGUCUGUAUGUCUGUAAGGUCUACAACAUCCAUGGGACCGACCAAUCGAGACCUGUCGCUGUGGGCAUAAAUAGUUGCCAGUGCUCCAUUGCAUUGUACACUAUAUGUGGACUUCUGACUCUUUUCUUAAUUCUUAUUACUGCAGUGGAUUUGGUUAAAUACAAAAGCCUGUUAAACAGACUUGAAGCGUCUGAAAGUUUGCGAGGACCCAUGACUUACUCCACCCUCCACGGGACCAGUGACACAGUGUACAAUGUAAUACAGACAAGGGCCAGCAGAAGUGAAGACGACUAUGAAAACAGAAACUUUGGUAAACCUAGCUAA